AAGAGGACACGGUUAGGAACUGAUCGUGGAGCAGCUAUUAUAGCUGCUGUCCCACGUUGCAAGAAGAAAAGCCGACCACAGGUCAGCUGUCAGUCAAAACACACGUGCACUCUGAGGAGGACGAGCACCGGGGACCAGUCGCGAGACUAAUGAUGUCUGAGCCAAUAACCUCUACCACUUCCAAACCGGAGAGCAGAGGUGAGCAGAACGUUGAGCCGAAGCCCAUCUCAACAUCACACUGUCAGACACCAUAUGUUGACAAAGUCUGUGAGAGCUCAACAUUGGAUGGAGAAGUUAAAGAGAAGCUGCACACGGCCUCCGAACAACCAGAGAGGAUCCGUGUGGUUCCGAUCUACCGGCGUCCGGACCUGCUGCUUCCCUGCGCAGACCUGGUCAACUCUGAGUGGCAGAGGAGCCAGGCGGCCCGGGUUCACUCUCUGCAGAAGUCCUGUCCAGAAUUCCCCGUCUGCCUUGUUCUGCUGCAGGGCCAAAGAGAGACGGAGCGGCUGCUCGGCCACGCCCGGCUGUCCCAGGUCGUGGGUCACAGCAGCAGCUUGUUCGUCGAGUCGGUGGUGGUGUCCAAGGCGGAGCGCGGGAAGGGCCACGGCCGCACUCUGAUGGAGGAGACUGAGCGCUACGCCAAAAGCAGAGGGUUCAAGCGCCUGUGCCUGACAACCCACGAUAAGCAGCACUUCUACGCCCACCUUGGCUACGUGCUGUCAAUGCCGGUGCAGAACGCAGGCGCCAUGACGGCGUUUGUUCCCAUGGAGACUCUUUUGAGGUUCUCCAGAAUGCCGAGUGGAGAGGCGAGCACACAGAAACCAACACGGACAAAGAUGGAUGCUCAAGUAUCUCAAGGAGGACCCUCCAUCCCUCCACCACCACCACCUCCACCACCACCACCACCACCCUCUUGUUCCAUCCCUCCCCCACCACCACCACCUCCCUCCUCUUCCAUCCCUCCACCACCACCACCACCCCCUUCCUCCAUCCCUCCUCCACCUCCUCAGCUUGUAGUUCAGACUCUGACUGAAACUCCCUACAGAGACGCCAAAGGCGUUCCCAUCUAUUGGAUGCACAAAGACAUUUGACAAACACACAAUCAGAUGUACUAAGGAACGCGUUCACCAAUGCACAAAUGUAUAUUUAUGCAGACCGAAACAUAUGUAGAUAUGACAUAUGAAGGACUCACACCAUUACCGGUCUCUCAAACAGAGAAUGAGUAAUAUGCAGCGUGGAAAGAUGGAAAGGUUUUAUUAAGCCAAAGAAAUACAGAAAACACUCCUGCGUUUACACAUUCAUUCACUGUUGGUCCACAUGUAGACACACUCAGUCUCUCAAGCUCAGUCUACAGUAUAAAGGCAUGUGUCUUGGGCUGAAACACCAAGACAAUAACACAACAAUACAAUACAGAAGCGGACACACAAAAGCAUUAUGUGCAAAUGUCUUAUUUUCAUCAUUCUUGUGAAAUACUUUGUGAAGAAGACAAAUGUGUUGCUUUGUUGCUGGUUAGGUUCACCCAUCCCUUGUUGUCACUUCCAAAUUCCUGGUUUAGAU